GAGACCGAACCCAGACCCGCUUCACAGCAGUUUAAGCCUCUUUUAAGAGCAUGAGGAUAAAUGUUGGCGGAACUGAUCUGACCUGAAGCCGAAGAAGUGGACAUGGAGACUUUUACCAUCAGCGACGUGCUGAUCAACUCCACCGACCUGAACCGGAUUCUGUGCAGCUUCGGGAUCAGGAACAUUUCGGAGUGUGAGAAGGAGCAGCACUCGGAGCCCAAAGACAUCAACCAGACUGUGAGGAUCAUCCUCUACAGCCUCAUCUUCAUCCUCAGCGUGAUGGGAAACAGUCUGAUUAUCAUCAUCCUGGUGAGGAACCGGCGGAUGAGGACGGUCACCAACCUGUUCCUGCUGUCCCUGGCUGUCAGCGAUCUGAUGGUGUCCCUAGUCUGCAUCCCGUUCACCCUCAUCCCCAACCUCAUGAAGAACUUCAUCUUUGGCAACAGCAUGUGCAAGCUGGUCAUGUACUUCAUGGGGAUCUCAGUCAGCGUGUCCACCUUCAACUUGGUGGCCAUCUCACUGGAGCGCUACAGUGCCAUCUGCAACCCGCUGACCUCCAGGACAUGGCAGACCAAAUCCCACGCCGCCAAGGUCAUCACUGCCACCUGGGCAGUGUCCUUCAUCCUGAUGCUGCCCUACCCCAUCAACAGCACGCUCAAACCCUUCACCCGCAUCAACAACAGCACCGGACACAUGUGCCGGCUGAUCUGGCCCAAUGAUGUCAUCCAGCAGGCCUGGUACGUGUCGCUCCUCUUGCUGCUCUUCCUCAUUCCCGGGAUCGUCAUGAUGACGGCUUACGGGUUAAUCUCCGUGGAGCUCUACCGAGGCAUCAAGUUUGAGCUGUCCAAGCAAAGAACCACCAAAGGCAGACAAUCCAGUAUCAAGCCAGGGGACAGCGACGGAUGUUACCUCCAGGCGAGCAUGAAGAAAGCUCCAGUGGCUGCGGUGGGCGGCGACACCAGCAGCAAGAUGACGAUUGACCGCGUGAGCUGCACCAAUUCCACAGCCAACCUGAUGGCCAAGAAACGAGUCAUCCGCAUGCUCCUGGUCAUCGUCUUCCUCUUCUUCCUCUGCUGGACCCCCAUCUUUGUGGUCAAUGCGUGGCAGGCGUUUGACCGGCGCUCGGCGCACCGCCUGACCGGAGCACCCAUCUCCUUCAUCCACCUGAUGUCCUACACCUCAGCCUGCGUCAACCCCAUCAUCUACUGCUUCAUGAACAAGCGCUUCCGUCAGGGCAUGCUCGCCACCUUCAGCUGCUGCCGCUGCAAGAGAGGCGGCGGCUGCAGCCGGCUGGCCAGGGGGCCGUGGCCCACACAGCAAGUGGGCGGUGCAAAGCCAAACACCGCCGAGCGAAACUGCCACACGCCGCCAAGUGGUGCCAACACACGCUUCACAUACAUACGUGUGUCGGUCUGAAAGGAGCAGGACGCCUCAAACCGCCGUGUCGCUUUGACGUAACAUCCUCAAAGCACCGACAUGCCGACUUCCAGAGGCCACGUGUGGUUUUACCCUAAAAAUAUCAUUCAAAGUCCGCUUCUUUACCCAUGUGGGAGAUGGAUGUAAAUAAGCUUCAGCCUUUAAUUCUGCAGUGAAGGAAAGUCCUUGACCCGGAGUGUGUUUGUGGACUUGGACUGGGGAGGUCUUAUCGUUUGGUGGGACUGGGAACACCUGGAUCCAGUCUUCAAAGACUGAAUUCCCGGCAUUAGCAGUCAUGUGGUUAAAUAUAGCAGCACGGAUGUAGCAACGUGUUUUGUGUUCAGUGUGUUAGCAUAAGCGUGUCUGAUCAACAACCUAAGGGUUACUCGGUCAACUCGCAUCUUUAGCUCGGACUCAGAGUGACGAGCAUUUGUGUUCUUAAUCAUUUUAAGUAUGCAACUAUCUGCUCCAAACUAUCCUAAAACAUAAUCAGCCCGUGCACC